AUGACAACUGGACAACAGUUGAAUGGUUUUAAAUAUGACGAUUUUGUGCCAACAGAAGGCAUUUUAUGUCCUAUAUGUACAUUGAAUUGUCAAUCUCUGGAAAAUUUAAAUAGGCAUUUAGAUAUUGAACAUAGUGAAGAAGACUCGAAAGGAGCAUUAUUAUCGUGGUUAAAAAAUGCACAUAAGAAAGUAGCAAAUUCACUAUCAGCAACUGCGACAACAACAACGGCUGCAAGGUUGGGUUCUUCGCCUUCAACUCCUUCUUCGUCCAACAACUACUAUAACAACAAGUGGGUGGAUCCUCCCCUCAUAAGCUUUCAAGGCCUCAGCUUUAGUAAUUCGAGUCCAAACUUCUUCGUAUCAGAUAUCGAUAAACAAAAUGAAUAUGUCACACGAGAUCAUUGGCAACGUGAAACGGGCAAUGAUAAAUGUAAUAUACGAGGAUGCCGCAAGAUAGUAGGAAAAGCUGGUUCAGGGAAGCAACAUUGCCGAAAAUGCGGUAGACUAUUUUGUGAUUUGCAUACUCAAUACGAAAUCAAACUUAACAAGCAAGCACAGCAUGACCCUGAGCAUGGUAUAUGGUGUAAAGUGUGUCUCAAUUGUUUCGUGCAUCGAAAAGGUUAUUUAGAAACAGCAGGUGUGACGAGGAACAAGACAGAUCUGCUUGUGAAGAGAAGAGAAAAGACAAUCGACAGAGUGCAUUUAGAAUGCAAUCGGCUAGAGAAACGAUUGGAAAAAUUGGCUAUCAUCCAUCAAUCGACUGAUAUGAAAAAGCUCUCUUCAGCCUUAUCAACAUCCUCAGUCUUGAACAAGACUUACAAAUCGAAUGGCUUAUUGUCACCCUCGAGUACCUCAAUAAAUAGCUUAGCCAUGGAUAAGUCAGACUCAACGUCUUCGAGGGAUAGUUUAGGAAGUAUGCUUUCCCCAAAGUCGUCAUUCGUGUCGAAUCCAAAUAGUAUUUUGAGUAUGAAGCUAAAAUAUCGAGAUGGCGAACAAUCAGUUAUAAAAUGGGAAGAUGAUGCAUCAGUGAGAGCCUGUCCUUAUUGUGAGAGCAUAUUCACUUUGAUCAAUCGAAAACACCAUUGCCGUCUAUGCGGCAAGGUAGUUUGUGGCAAUAUUAAAUGUUCGAAAAUGAUUCCCUUAUUUACAGACAUGUCAUCUGAUACCUUUGACGACACACCUGUUGGCGAUACCCGUGCAUGUCGUGAUUGUCAGAGAUACGUUUUUAGGCGGAAAUUGCGAAACGAAGAAGCAUCCAAGCCCUUGCCUAUAUUCCAACUGUAUAGUCAACUAGCAAUUGCAAGGGAAAACAUCGAAAAGAUGCUACCUAAGUUUCAUGAUGCAAUACUGCUUCUAGAGAAAAAAAACAUAAAAUCGCAUUCACAUGAUAUGUUUGUCAAAGCUGCUAAAAUUCGAAAGACAUUGCUCGACAACUUUACGCUAUAUGAUGCACUGGCGAAAUCUAUCAGAGCGUUACCAGCUCGAUCAUCAUGUAUGAAACGAUUGCAGAACAAUAUAUGUACUGCAGCCAACCUUUAUCUGCAACAAAAUAUGUUGCCCCUACAAAUGUUACCGCGCAUCUUGAAGACAUCAACAGCAACAGAAACAACUAAUAGCAAGAAGAAAAAGAAACAAUCAUCUGAGAAACUUGAGUUAGAAACACAAUUGCAGACGUAUUUAGAACAAUAUAGUUUAGUUGAAGGUUUUAUAAAAGAAGCGAACGCAGAAAGGAAAUACGACGAUGUAAAAACGUUAAAAGCAAGCUUGGACGAACUACUGAUUGAAAUUAAGCGUUUACAACAAUUACUUGGUGGAGAUUAG